CCCUCCCGCGCCAUCGAUGCCUGUCCUCGCUCUGUGCUCGAUUAACCCGUGGGGGGAGAAGAUGGCGGACAAAACAGCGCCGUGCUUAGGGAACGGCAGUGUGUGCGGUUCUUGCCAGACAUGAGAUUCUUCAAUUUCUUGUACAUGAGAUUCUAAGAUGUUAAUAUUUUGGAAGAUGUGAGUAGGAUAAUCAUUGGAAAGAAUCUCUCAUUCUACAAACUUGCAUGUGCAAGUAAUGUGUUGCUGAGUUUUUUUGUCUGCAUCAGUAAGAAAUCUGUCAAGAGAUACAAUCAGUGAGUGCUUUAUCAACAACAAAAAACCCAGAGCCCCGGCAAAAUGACUUCCUCAAAAAGGACCCUCAGUAAAAAGGAACAGGAGGAAAUUAAAAAGAAGGAAGAUGAGAAGGCAGCAGCGGAGAUAUAUGAAGAGUUUUUGGCCUCUUUUGAGGGGGCUGACUCCAGCAAAGUAAAAGCUUUUGUAAGAGGAGGCAUUGUAAAUGCAACAAAAGAACGAUUCGAGGAACAGAAAGGAAAACUAUACAAGCCUUCUACACGGGUUCCUGAAAUAAAGAACGUAAUGCCAGAUAAAUCUUCUCCACCGUCUUUCGUAUCUGAUCCCAAGAAGCCUCCCCUAAAGAAGGGUGAAAAGGAGAAGAAGAAAAGUAAUUUGGAGCUUUUCAAAGAGGAAUUAAAACAAAUCCAGGAAGAACGUGAUGAACGGCAGAAAACAAAAGGGAGUAAGGAUACUUCUUUCAGACCUAGUCGUUUUGAACCUCUGCCGUCAGAAGAUUCUUCGCAAAGUCGCCGCUCUUCUGAAUCUUCAAGGCGAAACAGACAAACAAAUGCACUUGAAGAAUUUACUCCUGGCUCUCAUGAUUCUGGAGAUCCAACUACAACUAAUUUAUAUAUUGGCAACAUUAAUCCGAAGAUGAAUGAAGAAAUGCUAUGCCAAGAAUUUGGACGCUUUGGCCCCUUGGCUAGUGUUAAGAUUAUGUGGCCCAGAACAGAAGAAGAAAGAGCCAGAGAAAGAAAUUGUGGAUUUGUAGCCUAUAUGAACAGAAGGGAUGCUGAAAGAGCUUUGAAAAAUCUAAAUGGGAAGAUUAUUAUGGAUUUUGAAAUGAAGUUGGGCUGGGGGAAAGCUGUGCCCAUUCCACCUCACCCUAUUUAUAUUCCACCUGCUAUGAUGGAGUUGACUCUACCACCACCUCCAUCUGGGUUACCUUUCAACGCUCAGCCACGGGAGAGACUAAAGAACCCCACAACACCAGUGAUGCCACCGAAAAAUCAAGAUGACUUUGAAAAGACUCUGUCGCACGCCAUAGUCAAAGUGGUUAUCCCAACAGAAAGAAACUUGUUGUGUGUAAUUCAUCGGAUGAUCGAAUUUGUUGUGCGUGAAGGACCUAUGUUCGAAGCAAUGAUCAUGAACAGAGAAAUAAACAACCCCAUGUUCAGGUUCCUUUUUGAGAAUCAAAGCCCUGCCCAUGUUUAUUAUAGAUGGAAGUUGUAUUCCAUACUCCAGGGUGAUUCUCCAACUCGGUGGAGAACAAUGGAUUUCCGCAUGUUUAAGAAUGGAUCAUUUUGGCGGCCGCCGCCUCUAAAUCCAUACCUGCAAGAAAUAUUAGAAGAAACAGAGACUCGAGCUGAAGAGAAUGUGAAGAAAGGACAGUUAAAAGAAGAAAGUCAAAGAGAUAAAUUGGAGGAGCUCUUGCGUGGAUUAACACCUCGAAAAAAUGAUGUUGGCGAUGCUAUGGUGUUCUGUCUGAAUCAUGCUGAGGCUGCUGAAGAAAUAGUGGAAUGUAUUGCAGAAUCAUUGUCCAUUUUGAAAACUCCAUUGCCUAAAAAGAUUGCCAGGCUUUAUUUGGUGUCAGAUGUGUUAUACAAUUCAUCAGCUAAAGUUGCAAAUGCCUCAUAUUACAGAAAAUAUUUUGAAUCUAAGCUGUGCCAGAUAUUUGCAAACCUUAAUGCAACUUACAAGUCAAUUCAAGGUCACUUACAGUCUGAGAAUUUCAAGCAAAGAGUAAUGGGCUGCUUUAGAGCAUGGGAAGAUUGGACAGUUUAUCCUGACCCAUUCCUCAUUAAACUACAAAAUAUCUUUCUUGGACUUGUAGAUCUCGAGGAUGAAAGUAAAGAACUCUGCAAACCUCAGGAAGGAGAAGCUGGGGGAACGCACAACAGUUAUCAUCGAUGGGUCAGCAGUGAAAGGCCAGACCCUGAAGAUCUUGAUGGAACACCGGUUGAGGAUGAAAUUGAUGGUGCCCCAUUGGAGGACGUAGAUGGAGUUCCAAUUGAUUUGAACACUGGAAUGGAUGACCUAGAUGGUGUCCCUAUGAAGGUGCUAGAUGAUGACCUUGAUGGGGUUCCCAUUGAUGGCAUUGAAGACACCAACACCAAGAAGUUUCAGUCAGUUUUUAAAGUUGCUCCAUCAAAGUGGGAAGCAGUUGAUGAGGCAGAAUUAGAAUCUCAGGCUGUCACAACUUCAAAGUGGGAACUCUUUGACCAACCAACUGAAUCAGAGGAAGAUGAACAACCAGUGGACAGUACAUUAAAGGAAAGUGAUGAUGAAGACGAUGAUGAUGUUGACGAUCAAAUCUCUAGAUCAGAAGAGUUGCUUUACUAUACUAACCCAGCAAAAGAAGAAACUUCAGAACCCAAACCUAUUCUUAAAUAUUCAGAAAUGUCUGAAGAGAAGCGGGCAAAACUUCGAGAAAUAGAGCUUAAGGUAAUGAAGUUCCAGGAUGAACUAGAAUCUGGGAAAAGGCCUAAAAAGGCAGGUCAGACCAUGCAGGAGCAAGUGGAACAUUAUCGAGACAAACUCCUUCAGCGGGAGAAGGAGAAAGAACUGGAAAGAGAAAGAGAGCGUGACAAAAAGGACAAGGAGAAAGAUGUGAUUAAAUCAGAGUUUCGCGUAAAAGAUAGGAAAGAAAAAGAGAGUUCCUCCUCACCUUCAGGCAAAGAGAGGAAAAGGAAACACAGUGCGUCAGUCAGUCCAACUCGUGUGGCGAGGCGUGUGAAAUCACCGUCACCACGUUCAGAACGGUCGGAUAGGUCGCGUACCAAAGACAGUCCACACACUCGAUCGGUGCAUAAAGACACAUCUAGAGAUACAAAUAAGAAGUCCAAAAGAUCACGAUCUGGCUCGAGGACUCCGAAAAGGUCCAAAAGGUCUCGUUCUAGGACUCCCAGAAAAUCUUCAAAAAAAUCUCGAUCCCAGUCCAGAUCUCCGCAUCGAUCACACAAGAAAUCCAAGAAGAGCAAACACUAGUGAACUGUCUAUCAUCAUUUUUCUGUAAUUUUAGUUUUGUCCUGUGCCUGAAACAAACUGAGGAAUAUCAUUCCUGGCUUUCUUUUGAAUGCACAUACAUUCAUUAUGAAUAUUCAACUCCCGUCAAUCUGUGUGCUUUUUUGUAUAUUAAAGAACUUGACUUCUA